AUGGAAAAAGCUCUGUUCAUCAUAGCGGCAUCAGGCCUGUGUGCCAUCGCCUCCAAACAUCACUACCAGUUUGUUUAUGAACAGAAGAACUGGACUGAAGCGCUGAGUUACUGCAGAGACAAAUACAUAGACCUGGCUACUAUAGACGACAUGCAGGAUGUGCAGAUGCUGACCAGCACAGUAGAUUUAAGCAAAAUGACCACCAUGACAUACGGCAAUCCUAACUCAUAUAUUUUAUGUCUAAUGAAACAAACCCACUGGUGCUUUCAGAGAGCCUGGAUCGGGCUGUAUGAUGACAUCGUUGGCUGGCAGUGGUCAACGUCAGAAACCAGUGAGUUCAGAAACUGGUCACCUGAACAACCAGAUAACCAAUGGGUUAUAGAAUACUGCGUAUUUAUGCUUGAUGGACCGUGGUUUUAUGACCCUUGUACGAAUGUGUUCAGAUUCGUCUGCUCUAAUAACACAGGGUCGACUAGGACAUUUGUCUUCAUUGACAUUAUAGCGUCAUGGGCGAACGCCCAGAGCUACUGCAGACUUCAUUACACCGACCUGGCCAGUGUGAGGAACAUGACAGAGAACCAGGAGAUAGAUGACCUGGUACCUCCAGGGAUAAGGGUGUGGAUCGGCCUUUUCACAGAGUCCUGGAAGUGGAUGGAUGGAAGUAACUCCUCAUUUACAUAUUGGCAAACAAAUGAACCCAAUGGACCAGAGCCUUGCGUGGCAGCAAACUUUGAAGAAAAUGCAAAAUGGGAGGACUGGGCCUGUGGCUCACAGAAGGAGUUUGUUUGCAAUGUUGAUCCACAGAAGCUGAAGGAGCAGGAGUACAGGGAGACGUCAAACUGA